ACUAAGCAUUAAGUAAGAAUCUGACAGAGAGAAGAAGAAGAAGGGCUCAUAUGCUUUGAAACACUGCGCUUCUCUUUCUCUCUCUAUUUAAGUCGUAUCCAUCCAACUUGUUUUCAGUCCCCUAAUCUUUGACGUCUACUUCGCCAGCGAAUCAUCGUCGUCGAUCUUUACAUGUCAGCUAAUAUCGGCACAGCAUAUAUAUAACAAAGUUCUUUUCUUUUUGUAGUUGAGAUCGUCGAGUUCUUCAGGGUUUUUAUUUUUUUGGGAGUAAUUAAGAAUCUAAUUGUGGAUGGUAGUAUCUCUCUGGUGCAACUCUAUGCAUGUGGAACAAAAGAAGCUUCUUUCUUUUGGUCUGCAAGAAUGGCUGCAAAUACUUCAGCUUGUCCAGCUUUUAUGAAAGCAACCUCUAACGGAGUUUUCCAAGGAGAUAACCCUAUAGACUUCGCGUUACCUCUUGCCAUUCUUCAGAUUGUCAUCGUUAUCAUUCUCACUCGUCUCCUUGCUUACCUUUUAAGACCCCUUAGACAGCCUCGUGUCAUUGCAGAAGUCAUUGGUGGGAUUAUGCUUGGACCGUCUCUUCUUGGCCGUUCCAAGGCUUUUCUAGCCGCUGUGUUCCCAAAGAAAAGCUUGACGGUUCUAGAAACUCUGGCUAAUCUCGGCCUUCUCUUCUUCCUUUUCCUCGCCGGUUUGGAGAUUGACACCAAAUCUCUUCGUAACACCGGUAAAAAGGCUUUAGGGAUCGCCCUAGCUGGUAUCUCACUCCCGUUUGCUCUUGGCAUUGGCUCUUCGUUUGUUCUCAGAGCAACGAUCUCCAAAGGAGUAGACAGCGUGGCGUUCCUCAUCUUCAUGGGUGUGGCUCUCUCAAUCACUGCCUUCCCUGUGUUGGCUCGUAUCUUGGCUGAGCUUAAGCUUCUAACCACUGAGAUAGGACGACUCGCCAUGUCGGCUGCUGCGGUCAACGACGUGGCUGCUUGGAUCCUCCUCGCUCUAGCCAUUGCUCUCUCUGGAUCAGAUACCUCCGCUCUAGUUUCUCUUUGGGUUUUCCUCGCCGGUUGUGGUUUUGUCGUCGCUGCUAUUUGCAUCAUUCCUCCGGUCUUUAAAUGGAUUGCGAGGAGGUGCCAUGAGGGAGAACCCAUUGAAGAAACCUACAUCUGUGCCACUUUGGCUGUUGUUCUUGUUUGUGGAUUCAUAACUGACGCUAUUGGGAUCCACUCCAUGUUUGGUGCUUUUGUGGUGGGUGUUUUGAUCCCAAAGGAAGGACCUUUCGCUGGUGCGCUCAUUGAGAAGGUGGAGGAUCUUGUCUCUGGUCUCUUCUUGCCGCUUUACUUUGUCGCCAGUGGCUUGAAAACUAACGUGGCCACGAUUCAAGGAGCUCAGUCUUGGGGUCUUUUGGUUUUAGUCACCUUCACUGCUUGUUUUGGUAAGAUUGUUGGCACUCUAGGUGUUUCCCUCGCCUUCAAGAUACCUAUGAGAGAAGCUGUAGCUUUAGGGUUCCUCAUGAACACUAAAGGCUUGGUCGAACUCAUCGUCCUCAACAUCGGGAAAGAUCGAAAGGUUCUUAACGAUCAGACAUUUGCUAUUAUGGUUCUGAUGGCUCUCGUCACAACCUUCAUGACCACACCGAUCGUGAUGGCAGUUUACAAACCGGCGAGAAGAGCAAAGAAAGAAGGAGAGUACAAACACAGGACGGUGGAACGAGACAACAACACAAACACACAGCUCCGAAUCCUCACGUGUUUCCACGGAGCAGGAAGCAUCCCUUCAAUGAUAAACCUCCUGGAAGCCUCAAGAGGUAUAGAGAAAGGCGAAGGACUAUGCGUCUACGCUCUACACCUACGAGAGCUAUCAGAACGCUCCUCAGCUAUUCUAAUGGUCCACAAAGUCCGCAAAAACGGAAUGCCGUUCUGGAACAGAAGAGGGAACAACAACAACAACGCGGAUCAAGUGGUCGUCGCCUUCCAAGCUUUUCAGCAGCUGAGCAGAGUCAACGUCCGACCAAUGACAGCGAUCUCGUCAAUGUCCGAUAUCCACGAAGACAUCUGCACGACGGCAGCUAGAAAACGAGCGUCGAUUGUGAUCUUACCGUUCCACAAACACCAGCAAGUCGAUGGCUCGUUGGAGACGACGCGUGGAGAUUACCGUUGGGUUAACCGGAGGGUUUUGGUCGAAGCUCCGUGCUCCGUUGGGAUAUUCGUUGACCGUGGACUCGGCGGUUCGAGCCAAGUCUCGGCUCAGGACGUUUCUUACUCCGUCGUGGUGUUGUUCUUCGGUGGACGCGACGAUCGUGAAGCUUUGGCGUAUGGAUUACGCAUGGCGGAGCAUCCCGGAAUAUCAUUGACGGUUUUCCGAUUUGUUACAUCGCCGGAGAGAGUCGGAGAGAUUACACGUGUCGAUGUGGAUAACGAGAGUGGGAAAAUCCUAAAGUCCGAUGAGGAGGUUAUGUCUGAGACCAGGAAGAAAUCAUCAGUGGAUGAAUCGGUUACGUUCGUGGAGAAGCGAGUGGAGAACGCCGCCAUGGAUGUUAGAUCAGCGAUUGAGGAGAUGCGGCGGAGUAAUCUGUUUUUGGUUGGUCGAAUGCCAGGUGGAGAAAUCGCGUUGGCGAUUAGGGAGAACAGUGAAUGUGCAGAGCUUGGACCUGUCGGGAGUUUGUUGAUAUCGACGGAGUCUCCGACGAGAGCAUCGGUUCUGGUGAUUCAGCAGUAUAAUGGAGCGGGAACAGCUCCGGAUUUGGCGUCGGCUGGGUCGGAGUUAGACACUGAUUAGAUAAAUUGUUUAGCUUUUCGGUUUGGUUCUGGGGUUGGUUUACGAGAGGUAGUGGAAUAU